AGAACGCCUCGCUGUAUUGAUUAGAGCCCAUAGAGGGGGAUACUACACUGCAACAGCAAUAGCAAUACAACACUGAAAUAAUUGCGUUGGGUUUUAAUGUUCUAUAUUUAACGUUAGUCUGGUCAGUUUGUACCGGUUAAAUGGGUCUGUGCGUUCUUUAAUCGUUCAGUUCAAAGUCGGCUUUUAGUUACCAGUACUUCACUGGCAGUUAACUCGUCAGGACAACGGAUGAGUUAAGGUGUUCAGUGAAUGGAUCAGAAGCAACUUGCUACAAGUUAUCAAAAAGCGCCUGUUUCUUGAGGAAUUCAUGUGAAUUUCUUAAACUUUGUGGACGGACUCACUGGACACGUGAAGGAGUGGCGAUGGAUGAAGAUAAAAACAUGCAAAAGUCUUCUGUUUGUAUAUACCGCUAAGCGCAAGACCCGAGGGGGGUAAUCAUCUGGGCACAGUACACUGACACUUCAGUAACAGAAAAGCGAGCCGCCAGAGUUGAACCGUGGAGUAGUAUUUAGAGGACACGGGCUAUCAUGGAUAAGAAUGGAACCGACCAUCAGAAAACAUGCAGGGAUAAUGAGUCCAGCCGGGCACGUAGAGGUAACUCUGUUCACAUCAUCUCAGGGGUGGUCCUUGAUGAAUUACAGAAAGCUUCCAUGAUGAAGAGAAAUGAAAAAUAUAGUUCUUUACCUAUUGGAGAAAAAGGGGUGGACAUCAUUAACAUCAAGGCCAUUGAGGACAUUGGAUAUGUCCAAACAGAUGCCAUGAUUUUAAACUCUGUGGUUCCUGAACAGGACUCCAGCUGCCAACAAGGCUUGUACUUCCAAGAUGGCAGCAGGAGGGUGGAUUACAUUCUUACCUACCACAUCAAGAAAUCCGGGGCCUUCAGGAAGCAGCCAACACGCCACGGAGGCAGUGCCUCUAACCGUUCCACCAAGAAAGACCAGCCUCAACCUGGCAACAAAAACGACCCUGAGAUUGGAGAGCAGGACCACAUUAUAGAUUACCACGAGGAUGACAAGCGAUUCCGCAGGGAAGAGUUUGAAGGCAAGCUCUUGGAGGCUGGCCUAGAACUGGAGAAGGACGAGGAUACAAAAACCUAUGGGAUAGGAUUUGUGAAAAUUCACGCUCCUUGGCAUGUGCUCUGUAGAGAGGCAGAGUUUAUGAAGCUCAAAAUGCCAACCAAAAAGGUGUAUGAGGUUAACCACGGCAAUAACUUUGUGGAGAAAAUCAACACCUUUAUUUAUAAAAUGACAGAACCACUUCACCCCAACGUGGAAGAAAAAAGAAUAUCCUCAGUGAAGCACCUCUCCUAUCCUUUCUCAAGAGAAAAGCAGCACUUGUUUGAUUUAUCAGACAAAGAUUCCUUCUUUGACAGUAAAACAAGAAGUACAAUAGUUUAUGAAAUACUGAAGAGGAUAACUUGUACUAAAGCCAAAUACACCAUGGGGAUUACCAGCCUGCUUGCCAAUGGAGUUUAUAAUGCAGCCUAUCCCUUACAUGAUGGUGAUUGUGAAGAUGAAAAUGCUAAUGACAGAAAGCUCUUGUAUGAAGAAUGGGCAAGCUACAGUGUCUUUUACAAGUACCAGCCUAUUGAUUUGAUCAGGAAAUAUUUUGGGGAGAAAAUUGGUCUGUACUUUGCCUGGCUUGGCGUUUACACACAGAUGCUUAUCCCAGCAUCCCUGGUUGGGAUUAUUGUUUUUCUCUAUGGCUGUGCUACUCUGGAUGAUAACAUCCCUAGCAUGGAGAUGUGUGACAAUCGUAUCAACAUCACAAUGUGCCCCCUGUGUGAUCGAACCUGCAGCUACUGGAAGCUCAGCACCGCCUGUGCCACGGCACGUGCCAGCCAUCUCUUCGACAACCCAGCUACUGUCUUCUUCUCCAUCUUCAUGGCACUGUGGGCUGCCAUGUUCAUGGAGCACUGGAAGAGAAGACAAAUGCGGCUCAAUUACAAAUGGGAUCUGACAGGCUUUGAGGAAGAGGAGGAAGCAGUCAAGGACCACCCAAGAGCUGAGUAUGAAUCCAGAGUCAUGAAGAAAUCAAUGAAAAAAGAGCACAGAAAAAGAAAGAAACACCCGGAGGUUGUGAACGAGGGAACAAACAAAUGGAAACAAACAGUUGAAACUGCCAUGGCUGGGGUCAAGCUGACUGAAAAAGAGAAGCUGACCUGGAGGGACAGAUUCCCUGCCUACGUGACAAACGCGGUCAUGAUUCUGUUCAUGAUCGGUCUGACGUUUGCAAUAGUGUUUGGAGUGAUCCUCUACCGGAUCUCCACAGCUGCAGCUCUGGCUAUGAGCUCCAGCCCCAGCACCAAGUCCAAUGUGCGGGUCACUGUCAUGGCCACAGCAGUCAUCAUCAACCUGGUGGUCAUCCUAAUCCUGGAUGAGGUCUACGGGUACAUUGCCAGAUGGCUGACUCUGAUCGAGGUCCCAAAAACUGACAAAAGCUUUGAGGAGAGGCUGAUUUUCAAGGCAUUCGUACUGAAGUUUGUGAACGCAUUCACACCUAUAAUGUAUGUUGCUUUCUUCAAAGGAAGGUUCGUUGGCCGUCCAGGAAACUAUGUCUAUGCAUUUCAGUCUUUCCGAAUGGAAGAGUGUGCACCAGGAGGAUGUCUCAUGGAGCUGUGUAUUCAACUCAGUAUCAUUAUGUUGGGUAAACAGCUCAUCCAGAACAACCUGUUUGAGAUUGGAAUUCCCAAACUGAAGAAGCUGAUCAGAUACUUCAAGUCAAAAAGAACGUCUGUGCCGGAGGAAGAAAAUAACAAGAAGCUACAGCGCUAUGAGGUUGACUACUACCUGGAGCCAUUUGCAGGGCUUACACCUGAGUACAUGGAAAUGAUGAUACAGUUUGGAUUCGUUACCCUGUUUGUGGCUUCAUUUCCACUGGCUCCCCUGUUUGCAUUGUUAAACAAUAUUAUUGAGAUUCGCUUGGAUGCUAAGAAGUUUAUAGCAGAACUCAGGAGACCAGUGGCUGCACGAGCAAAAGAUAUUGGUAUCUGGUACAACAUUCUAAGAGUAGUAGCGAAACUGGCAGUCAUCAUUAAUGCAUUCGUGAUCGCGUUCACGUCUGACUUCAUUCCACGCCUGGUGUACCUGUACAUGUACAGUACAGACGGCUCCAUGCAUGGCUUCAUCAACCACACCCUGUCCUACUUCAACGUCAGCGACUUCAAGUCAGGGACUGAGCCAAUUGAGCCCAUGCAGCUGGGCUACAAGGUGGAAAUAUGCAGAUUCAAAGACUACAGAGAGCCCCCAUGGUCACUGAAUGGUUAUGACAUCUCCAAACAAUUCUGGGCUGUCUUGGCAGCCAGAUUAGCAUUUGUCAUUGUCUUCCAGAACCUGGUGAUGAUCAUGAGUGACUUUGUGGACUGGAUGAUCCCAGACAUUCCCAAGGACAUUAGCGUGCAGAUCCAUAAGGAGAAGGUACUCAUGGUGGAGCUGUUUCUGAAAGAAGAACGGGGCAAGCUGCAGAUGCUGGAGAACUUGAUAGCAAGGGGCAAGGAGGCCAAGAGCAUGGAGAACUGUCACAACCACAGUCCCAUUAACCGACCCCAGAGCCACAAGGGAAGCAACACUACUUUGCAUUCACAAAACAUUGAUGUAUAAGAGAUGGCUUUAAAAAAAAAAAAAAAAAAAGCAUAACAUUCAAAAUGUUAUUUGUCUGGGCAUUCCAUAGAGUGAUAUGUACUUGAGAAGAAAGCUUGACUGGACAGCAUCAUGGUCCGAGUUAUGUUUCAGUAUGUAACUGCCGAUCUCAGUCCUGUCAUUGUUCAGUUAAAGCAAUGAUCUUACAAAUGUGGAGGACCACAAAACAAUCCAGCACAGGGAAAUGUGUUUAGUAGUCUCUAUGGUUAGUGAACGUACAGAAUAUCUUCUUAAACAGAUGCAGCUUACUCGGCAUGAUUUUAGGAUGAGCCUGAUUUUAGAAAUAGCUUCUCAUUUCCAUUCAUGAGCUGAUAACCUAAUUGUUAAAAAAAAUAUAUAUAUAUAUGUAUUUUUAUUGUUUUUAUUUUUAUUUUUUUUAAUUAAAAAAAUUGCUAUCAUUAAAAUGUGUAAAAAUCUAAUCUUAGAAUCAGGGAUUUAAUUGACAGUUUUUAAAAGUGAUCAAUGAACAAACACUAAACAAUAAUAUAAUGAAAAAAUAUGCCUUGUCCUUUUCCGAUUUUUUUUUUUUUUUUUACAAUCGAGAAUGUUUCCUGCUUUUUAAACUGUUCUUCCUUGGAAAAAUAUUUAUUUUAUAUUUUAAUGAAAGAAGAUGUUUGAAUAUGUAUUUACCCAAUCGCCACAUAGAUCCCAACCUAUUAACCCUUUACUCUCUGGCUGUAUAAGCGGUAUGUGUGGAGGUACAAUGUUGGGGUUAGAAGUGAGCACUUUGACAGAUUAUAUAUAUAUAUAUUUAAUAUUUUGCUCCAAAAAAAAACAGAUCUUCUCACAAAACGGUACAUUGAUUCCUAAUAACUUGAAAUAACUAUCGGGAACAAUAGGUGUAUGUUUUUAGGUGGUUUCCCCUUAGAUGUACCUAGUGGGAAAAAAAAACACUUCUGCAAAAGGCUUCAAAAAAAAAAAUGCAAUUGUUUUUAAACCAUUGGAAUAUGCUACUCACCCAUUCUGAAAGCUAGUGGAUACGGUAAAUUAGAUUUAUAUUCAUAACUUUAAGGUGUGUCACUUAUCUUUAGACGCUUUAUAGGUCCCUGUUGUUUUUGUUAAAUAUAUGCGAGUUACUUAAAAUCUGAAGGUCUACAGUGUUCCAAAUGUGUAACAUUGCCAUCAGCAAUACAGUACUACAUACAUUUAAAUUGACGUUUUUAAUGCAUUCGUCAACAACUCAAACUUUAAUUUCUUUCAAGAUACUGUUUGUAUUUUCUAUAUUGUAUAUCCCUCUCCACUACCCUUUAAUGUUAGGUGCGAAUGUUUUUUUAAAACUAUGUAACAUACGUCAAAGUUUCCCCCUGAAAUGAAUCUGAGGAGAGGAGCUGGAAAUCAUGUAUCCAGUCGACAUGGAUUGACCCUAUAGAGUAUAGACUAGGUCGGAAGAAAGCCUGACUUUGGAGAGACGCACAUAGCAUCAUAUUAAUUUGUGAAUGGGAGUUUGUGGAACAACAAGGAAGUCGAAGACGUCUUUUAUAAACGAUAAUCAAACAAAAUUCUCAAACUGCAAUAAUCGACUUGAUUACCAAGAAGAGCUCAGUAUCUAGGUUAAAUAAUCUGACAGAAGUGAUAUUUUAUUUUAUUUAAGUACAGGUUUUUUGUUAAGUAUGAACAUGUUCUACUUGUAUCAAAUUAAUGUGAUUGGGCUUGUCGAUACAGUAGUCCUUAACUUCAGUAGAUGCGGAUGGCAAAUGGCUAUUUCCCAAAUGUUUUCCUUAAACUGUUUAAAGUGAUUUGAAAUCUGAAAACUCAAAAUAGACAUAAAUGAUGUGAUUAUGAAUGGAGUAUACACCACAGUGUAAUACUUUUAAGGGCCUAUUGUUUUACCAUUUGAUUAUUAGGAAGAGGAUAGCAUUUUUUUGUGCAAUAUGUUCCAUAGUAAACAAACCUUAGAUGCUGUGGACAUAGAUAUAUUCUCCCCUAACUGAAAAGCUGUUGUUUUAAUUUUAAGUAUCACAAUAUUUAACAGUUACAGGUCCCUUUCUGUGGUUUCAUAUCAAAUCUGUUCUGAUUUGUUGAACAUUUCAUAUUUGUAAAUAUGCACACUUGUAUCAGUACGCUAGAUAUGAAAAUACUGACCAUUACUCCAUUUUCACAUCAUUAUUAUUGUCUUAUGUACUUUUAAAUAAAUAAAGAAAAAAACAGCAGAUUCUUUAGUAAGAUUUAGAAAAAAAAUAAUAACUUUGUUCUGAUUAUGCUUACAUCUACUAAUUAAAUCUUUUAUUAACGGUAUAGCAGUACUUACUUAAAGUACAUUAAUCCUGGUGUUUGGUGAAACCUUGAAAGGUUUUUUUUUUCUUUUUUGUUUUUUGUUUUUUGCUUGCUUUGCUCUGGCAACUGAAAACUGGGGCUAUUUUAUAUGUCAACUAUUUUAUCCAGAAGUAGAAACUCCUAUAAUUACAAUUUCUUUGCAUAAUAUUUUUAUUGUAUCUAACAAAGAAAGAAGUUGUAAAUGUAUACAGAUCUACUUUUUAGUUUUGAGGGCAAAUUUAUUCAUAAUAAAUAAACUUAAUAGUAUGUA